CCUUUGAUUUUUUUUGGCAUGCUUAUGAAUUUGCUUUUCUUUUUAAAAAUCCCCCUUAUUAUAGAUUUGUAUAGAUUUGGUUGAAGUCACAGAUGCCAUAUUCUUCAUCUUUAUAAUGCCAGUUUUCUUUCCAGGUAGAAGGACAAGAAACUAAUGAGCCAAUGCCAUAGAAACGCAAAGGGUUAAAGGUUUUUCUUUUACUUUUGUUUUGGGUACGCUUUCUUUACUUUGAACAAAUGUGUUUUUCUGCUCAAAAUACUUUCAAAUUAUUGAAAGUUUUCAUUCCAAGUCUUAGAUUUUUAGGAUUGUUACUUUUGAGAAACUGUUUCCACAUUCGAGCUCCCCCCGUAUUGCUCUAAAUAUAGUUUAGUAAAUGCACCUACUUUGCUCCAAGCAUACUUAAAGUUAAAACAAAAGUAUGUAUACAAAGACUUUGAUAUUUUUAAUAGUUGAAGUCUGUUUUGCUAAUUUUAGUGUGCAGGUCAGCACAAGGGGCAUAGUGAGCCUGAUGGAAGCUUUCCUCGGGUGAGUGAGUUUCAAAAUCAGAAUUAGGUGCCUGUUUCUUAAAAUUAGAUUCUGCUGCAGGUUUACAAAUUAGACUUUCAGCCUGCAUGAAUUAGUAGGGAUAUUCUUUUUUUACUUGCAUAAUUGUAAUUGAUUUAAACAUGUAUGUCAGAAUUCACAGGCCCAUACUAACUGUCCUUAAUUUCUUUCCUACAGCAGUACUGCUAUAUGCCAGUCCUGUCUGCAUUCUUAAGGGUGCAGUUCAACACAUCCUCUCUAGAUUAUGGUGAAAAAGUAUUCCAAAGGAAGUCUUAUCAGAGAUAGUGUCAGAAAGAAUGACACUACCAAUUGGGCAUGAUCUUCAGCAUAGGAAAUGUCUUAGACUUUUAUUAUUUUUUCCUACAUUGUGAUGCUAUACUACUUGUAUAGCUAGUUAUCACAUUUCUAAAACAUAGUGUGCCUCUGUGAAUCUUGUUAUAUAUUGUUUGGGCUUCUUUAAGAUAUUUUAAAAUUUGAAAAACAAAUACUGAAACUUUAACCAAGAGACUAACACAUCUCUUUGUACACCGCUUUUUUUCUGUAUGCAUCAUAAUAACUGGUAGAAGUAAUUUAUUUUAAGUAAUGUUUCCAGUUGUUAUUUAUACUUUCUAAGAAAAUAAAAAUAUGUUUCUGGGUCAACAAAACGUAAAAAGCAUGAAGCCCUUUUUAGUAACAUGACAUCAGAUUAAGAGUAGAGGUAUAUUUUUAAAAAUCAGAUUUUCUAAACUAUAACUGUUCUAGAACAUUGUAUGAAGAACUUAUCUAGUCAUAGUUACUUGUAGUCAGGAUUUUAACAGCUUGCAACAGGUAAUGUUUUGAAUAUAAAUAUCUUUCCAAAGUGUUACUAAUGGUAAAGAGAUAAUUUUCUAGGCUUCUAUUCUGCUGCUUGAAGUCAGAACUGCUGAUGGAGACAAAGGCACGAAAGUGAGGGAAGACCCCUGACCCUAAAAUGAAUGCUAGGACUUACAUGGAUGUAAUGCGAGAACAGCACUUAACUAAAGAAGAGAGAGAAAUUAGGCAACAGCUAGCAGAAAAAGCUAAAGCUGGAGAACUAAAAGUCGUCAACGGAGCAGCAGCAUCCCAGCCUCCCUCAAAACGAAAACGGCGUUGGGAUCAAACAGCUGAUCAGACUCCUGGUGCCACUCCUAAAAAGCUAUCAAGUUGGGAUCAAGCAGAGACCCCUGGACAUACCCCUUCCUUAAGAUGGGAUGAGACACCAGGUCGUGCAAAGGGAAGUGAGACUCCUGGAGCAACUCCAGGCUCAAAAAUAUGGGAUCCUACACCUAGUCACACACCAGCGGGAGCUGCUACUCCUGGACGAGGCGAUACACCAGGCCACGCGACACCAGGCCAUGGAGGCGCAACUUCCAGUGCUCGUAAAAACAGAUGGGAUGAGACCCCCAAAACAGAAAGAGAUACUCCUGGGCAUGGAAGUGGAUGGGCUGAGACUCCUCGAACAGAUCGAGGUGGAGAUUCCAUUGGUGAAACACCAACUCCUGGAGCCAGUAAAAGAAAGUCACGUUGGGAUGAAACACCAGCUAGUCAGAUGGGUGGAAGCACUCCUGUUCUGACCCCUGGAAAGACACCAAUUGGCACGCCAGCCAUGAACAUGGCUACCCCUACUCCAGGUCACAUAAUGAGUAUGACUCCUGAACAGCUUCAGGCUUGGCGGUGGGAGAGAGAAAUUGAUGAGCGAAAUCGCCCACUGUCUGAUGAAGAAUUGGAUGCUAUGUUCCCAGAAGGAUAUAAGGUACUUCCCCCUCCAGCUGGAUAUGUUCCUAUUCGAACUCCAGCUCGAAAGCUGACAGCAACUCCAACACCUUUGGGUGGUAUGACAGGUUUCCACAUGCAAACUGAAGAUAGAACUAUGAAAAGUGUUAAUGACCAACCAUCUGGAAAUCUUCCAUUUUUAAAACCUGAUGAUAUUCAGUACUUCGAUAAACUUUUGGUUGAUGUUGAUGAAUCAACACUUAGUCCAGAAGAGCAAAAAGAGAGAAAAAUAAUGAAGUUGCUUUUAAAAAUUAAGAAUGGAACACCUCCAAUGAGAAAAGCUGCAUUGCGUCAGAUUACUGAUAAAGCUCGUGAAUUUGGAGCUGGUCCUUUGUUUAAUCAGAUUCUUCCUCUGCUGAUGUCACCUACACUUGAGGAUCAAGAGCGUCAUUUACUUGUAAAAGUUAUUGAUAGAAUAUUAUACAAACUUGAUGACUUAGUCCGACCAUAUGUGCACAAGAUCCUAGUGGUCAUCGAACCAUUGUUGAUUGAUGAAGAUUACUAUGCUAGAGUGGAAGGCCGAGAGAUUAUCUCUAAUUUGGCAAAGGCUGCUGGUCUGGCUACUAUGAUCUCUACCAUGAGACCUGAUAUAGAUAACAUGGAUGAGUAUGUCCGUAAUACAACAGCUAGAGCUUUUGCUGUUGUGGCCUCUGCCCUGGGCAUUCCUUCAUUAUUGCCCUUCUUAAAAGCUGUGUGCAAAAGCAAGAAGUCCUGGCAAGCGAGACACACUGGUAUAAAGAUUGUACAGCAGAUAGCUAUUCUCAUGGGCUGUGCCAUCUUGCCACAUCUCAGAAGUUUAGUUGAAAUCAUUGAACAUGGUCUUGUGGAUGAGCAGCAGAAAGUUCGGACCAUUAGUGCUUUGGCCAUUGCUGCCUUGGCUGAAGCAGCAACUCCUUAUGGUAUCGAAUCUUUUGAUUCUGUGUUAAAGCCUCUAUGGAAGGGUAUCCGCCAACACAGAGGAAAGGGUCUGGCUGCUUUCUUAAAAGCUAUUGGGUAUCUUAUUCCUCUCAUGGAUGCAGAGUAUGCCAACUACUAUACUAGAGAAGUGAUGUUAAUUCUUAUUCGAGAAUUCCAAUCUCCUGAUGAAGAAAUGAAGAAAAUUGUGCUGAAGGUGGUAAAGCAGUGUUGUGGAACAGAUGGUGUAGAAGCAAACUACAUUAAAACAGAGAUCCUUCCUCCUUUUUUUAAACACUUCUGGCAGCACAGAAUGGCUUUGGAUAGAAGAAAUUACCGACAGUUAGUUGAUACUACUGUGGAGUUGGCAAACAAAGUAGGUGCAGCAGAAAUUAUAUCCAGGAUUGUGGAUGAUCUGAAAGAUGAAGCUGAACAAUACAGAAAAAUGGUGAUGGAGACAAUUGAGAAAAUUAUGGGCAACUUGGGAGCAGCAGAUAUUGAUCAUAAACUUGAAGAACAACUGAUUGAUGGUAUUCUUUAUGCUUUUCAAGAACAGACUACAGAGGACUCAGUCAUGUUGAACGGCUUUGGCACAGUGGUCAAUGCUCUCGGCAAACGGGUCAAACCAUACUUGCCUCAGAUCUGUGGUACAGUUUUGUGGCGUUUAAAUAACAAAUCAGCAAAAGUUAGGCAACAGGCAGCUGACCUGAUCUCUCGAACAGCUGUUGUCAUGAAGACUUGUCAGGAGGAAAAAUUGAUGGGGCACUUGGGUGUUGUUUUGUAUGAAUAUUUGGGCGAAGAAUACCCUGAAGUAUUGGGCAGCAUUCUUGGAGCACUGAAGGCCAUUGUAAAUGUAAUAGGUAUGCAUAAGAUGACCCCACCAAUUAAAGAUCUGCUGCCUAGACUCACCCCCAUCUUAAAGAAUAGGCAUGAAAAAGUACAAGAGAAUUGUAUUGAUCUUGUUGGACGUAUUGCUGAUAGGGGAGCUGAAUAUGUGUCUGCAAGAGAAUGGAUGAGGAUUUGCUUUGAGCUUUUAGAGCUCUUAAAAGCUCACAAAAAAGCUAUUCGUAGAGCCACAGUCAACACAUUUGGUUAUAUUGCAAAGGCCAUUGGCCCUCAUGAUGUAUUGGCUACACUUUUAAACAACCUUAAAGUUCAGGAACGGCAGAACAGAGUUUGUACCACUGUAGCGAUAGCUAUUGUUGCUGAAACAUGUUCACCCUUCACAGUACUACCUGCCUUAAUGAAUGAAUACAGAGUUCCUGAACUGAAUGUUCAAAAUGGAGUGUUAAAGUCACUUUCCUUCUUGUUUGAAUAUAUUGGUGAAAUGGGAAAGGACUACAUUUAUGCUGUAACACCACUCCUUGAAGAUGCUUUAAUGGAUAGGGACCUUGUACACAGACAGACAGCUAGUGCAGUGGUGCAACACAUGUCACUUGGGGUUUAUGGAUUUGGUUGUGAAGAUUCACUGAAUCAUUUGUUGAACUAUGUAUGGCCCAAUGUGUUUGAGACAUCUCCCCAUGUAAUUCAGGCAGUUAUGGGGGCCUUGGAAGGUCUGAGAGUUGCUAUUGGACCAUGUAGAAUGCUGCAGUAUUGUUUACAGGGUUUGUUUCACCCAGCCCGGAAAGUCAGAGAUGUGUAUUGGAAAAUUUACAACUCCAUCUACAUUGGUUCACAGGAUGCUCUCAUAGCACAUUACCCAAGAAUCUACAAUGAUGAUAAGAACACCUAUAUUCGUUAUGAACUUGACUAUAUCUUAUAACUUUAUUGUUUAUUUUGUGUUUAAUGCACAGCUGUUUCACACCUUAAACUUGCUUCGAUUUGGUGAUGUAAACUUUUAAACAUUGCAGAUCAGCGUAGAACUGGUCAUAGAGGAAGAGCUAGAAAUCCAGUAGCAUGAUUUUUAAAUAACCUGUCUUUGUUUUUGAUGUUAAACAGUGAACGCCAGUAGUGACCAAGAACACAGUGAUUACACACACUAUACUGGAGAGCUUUCAUUUUUAAUUCAUCUUUAUGAAGAUUUAGAAUUCAUUCCUUGUGUUUAAAGGGAAUGUUUAAUUGAGAAAUAAACAUUUGUGUACAAAAUGCUAA